ACAUCAACAUUAAUCUCAUUCAUUAUGAAAUUCAUCAUUAUUAUCCUCUUCAUCAUCAUGGUGGCAUCAACCACACAAGCUGUACGUAUCAAUUCAAUAAGUCGUCCACAAUCAUUUCGUUCGGGUACUGCCAUCGAAGUUAUAUUGGAUUGUGAUUUCAGUAUCGAUGACAACGAUGAAAUGCUUGUAGUCAAAUGGUUUCUCAAUGAUGAUUCACAACAUAUAUAUCAAUGGAUACAAUCACGUGAUUAUCGGAUAUAUUCAGAUAAGAUUAAACCAUAUGUGGAUGAGAAUUUUUUUGUUCAAGAUCCUAAAACUCGUCAUCGAGCUAUACGAUUAUUAAAUCCACCGGCAAUUUUAAGUGGAAAAUAUACGUGCAGUGUUAGCUCAUUACAAAAUGAAGAAAUCAAUUCGACCUAUUUAGUUAUCUAUGAACCAGCACGAUCAUUUGAGAUGGCCGCAAUUGAAGAUGAAGAAAAUGAUCAUCAUGAUGGUAACGAUAAUGAUGAUGAUGAUGGAUUUAACAUAACCUGUACUGCUUUUGGUAUUUAUCCUGAGCCGGAGAUAAAAUUAUUGAAAAUCAAAUCAAUCAACGAAACAUUAGAAUCAUAUGAAAUUGAAUCUAAUACAACUACAAUAAUAUCAUUUCGAUCAAUGACGAAUGGAUUUUAUUCGAUAACACUUGUAUCGCAUAUCGAACAGAAUCAAUCAUCAACGACAACUAGUAUGGCUCAAAGUAAUAAUGAACUGAAUCCAUCUCGUGCAAGGCUAUCAUUGAAAUCACAACCAUCAUCAUCAUCAGCAACAACAAUGAAUCAAAUAGCUGAACAUUAUGAAUGUAGAUUAUCAAUACCGAAUACUGAUUAUGUUGAAGUGAAACGAUUGGCCAUACAAGAUGGUUGGCGAACCAAAUGGCGUUCGAAUGCUGCAUCAACAUUAUCAUCUUUCUCAUCUUGGUCGAUAAUACCAACCAUCAUUUUCAUAUUAUUUUCAGUGACCCUUGUGUUUCGAUGGUAAUCAACUUGUAUAUGGUCUGGAUACAAACAAACAAACGAAAAAAAAAGAAAAUUGAAUGGAUAGAAAAUCAGUAUGGGGAAAUAAUAAAUACACAGAAUUCAGGCAUAACCACAUAACCACAACAGCCAAAGUUAAUUUAGCCUGUUGGCAAUAAAAUAAAAACUAAUUCAACCAUUGAAUAAUGAAAUGAAUCCAACCACUAUACAUUUCGCUGACUGGUAAACAAAUGCACACCUUUAUUUAAUUAAAAAAAAGUUUCCAUACACAACAUCAACCAUGGAACUAUAACGGAUAUAAAAUUUUCAUCAAAAAUUAUGGCCCGAAUAAUGGAUGAUUUCAGAAUAUAUAUAGAAUUUUAUAUUUUUUUCAAUCAUCUCUACCACCACUAUCAAUUCAUCCAUCCAUUCAUUCAUUUUGUUUGUUCGUCGAGUCGAAACUCUAGUCUCUUUUUUACUACAGAAUAUAUUUUGUCAAUCUAUUUCAUCAUUUAUUCAUACAUCAUCAUUCAAACAGUUCUUUAAACAGUUAUUGAUUGAUUUUUCUCAUCACAUAGAUCAUCAAUUUCCGUUAAAUAGUUGCGAUUUUUUUUUGUUCAUUUCAUUUCUACAUCGUAUUAUUUUGAUAAUCAUUGUACUUAUAAUAAUUAUUAAUGUGUUGUGUAUAAAAGGAAAAUCUACUAUAUCACUUUUGCUUCCAUUUCAUAUAUUUCCUUUGUUAUUAUAUGUCUAAUUCUAUUUCCUUUUCAAAUGUAAGUUCACAAUCAUCUACUUCCACCCUUACCUUGUGCCUAUUGUAAAACGAUGAUUUUUUUUUCGUUUCAUCGAUUGCUUUUUGCCAUUUAAACCACUGUGUAAAUACCCUGAUGGCCCAAACUUUUUUCCCUUCCCAAUAAAAAUCGAUGUUAUUUUUUCAUGAUGAAAAGACACUUUUUUUUAUUUUUGAACAAAUAAAAUUAUUG